AUGCCUCCUUCAUCCAAACUCCGCUCAGGCAUUCUUAUAUGGAUGACUAUACCAGUUCUAGUUAUUUUUAUAUUUUUGGCAUCUACAAAACCAAAAAGUCCAACAAAAGUUAAAGAAAAUCGCAAAAUUUACAUUCCGAAGAAGCCAAUCUGGAAAUUAGGCGAAAAUCCUCCUCCUCAGAAACUAUCAAAUAGUAGUGCAAACGAAAAGCUUUAUGUUAUGAUCAUAGAUAGCGAAUAUGAAUCAAAUCCUUACCAUUGUAUAAUGAAAAAUCAAUGGGUGGAUAAAUUCAUCAAGAAUCCGAAAGUUGAUGGUGUAGAAAUGUAUUCAGUAAAUGCAUGGACUAACCAAGAAUGUAAUCUUUCGUCAAUUACAAUUCCCGAAAUCCCCAAACAAAAAAUAAAUCCAAGCGCUUACUUGCUAUAUAAUGCUCUUAGCAUGACAUUAAAUAGAACAGAUGCAGGAUGGAUCUUUAUCAUAGGAGAUGCUGCAUAUAUCCAUGUUGAUCGAUUCUUUGAAUGGGUUUCUAGGAUUAUGAAUUCGCACAACCCUGAGUAUGAAAUAUUUAUGACUGGAAGUUGCGUUGAAGAACGAUAUUUCUUCCAAAUGCUUUUAACUAGUUCUGGAAUUUUAAUCUCAAGGAAAUUUGCAGAGAAUUUAGUUAAAUCAGGUAGUGAUAGUCUAUGGUAUGUUUCCUAUUCAGUUGGAAUCACUUCUGAUGAAAUAUUAGCCAAGAUAUCUGACAAAUUAGGUCAAUAUAUACCAGGAACGCAAACAUCUGUUCUUGUUGGACGUGGAUUUACAGAUAAACUUCAUUAUGAAUUACUCACUGAAAAGCAAUUUGAUUCUCUUCCAAAAUGCAAGAUUCCUGAAGAAUAUCUCAACUCAGUUCCAGGAGAAUUGAGUUUAUGUAUUUCUCAAAUACUUAAAUUCAAUCAAAUUAUUAGUUGGUCAGGUACUUACCAGAUAGGAAAGCUUGAGUUCCUUAAAAACGCAGAGAAAAUGAUGAACAAUAACCCUGAUGACCUUGGUUACUAUUGGGAUCGUCUAUAUUUAGCUCUUUGUAAGCUUUAA